GUGGCUUUGGGACAAAACCGCUUGGUUCUAAUGUAUUUGGUACAUCUUUUGGAACAACAGCUCCUACUGGAGCAGCAAGUGGAAGUAUAUUUGGAACAUCGACUUCUAACACUGGAACAAGUGUAUUUGGACAGCCGACUGCAACAUUUGGUCAACCAGCAUCAACUGGAAAUACAGCAUUUGGAUUUGGUUCGACUUCUACUGCUGGUGGAUUAUUUGGCAGUUCUCAGCAACAAAGUACCAAUAGUGGCAUGUUUGGUAACACUGCAACUCCUGCCUUUGGAACUUCAAGAUCAACUUUUGGAAAUUUCGGUAGUACCUCAGGUGGUUCAACACUUUUUGGUACUAGUCAAACUCAACAUACUAGUGGAUUAUUUGGUCAGAAUACAUCAGCUGGUGCAGGUCUUUUUGGUUCUUCAGGUGGUUUUGGGAGCAGUACAUCAGGAACAACAAUUAAAUUUAAUCCCCCAACUGGAAGUGAUACAAUGAUGAAAAAUGGUGUAUCUACAAAUAUAAAUACUAGACAUCAAUGCAUUACUUGUAUGAAAGAGUAUGAAAAUAAAAGUUUGGAGGAAUUACGUGUGGAAGAUUAUGUAGCAAAUCGUAAAGGUCCUCAAGGUGGAAAUAUUGGUGCAUUUGGUUCUACAGGACAGGCUAGUUUAUUUGGGACUCCUGCAUCUACAUCAACAUUUUCAUUUGGUACCACUCAAAAUAAACCUCUCUUUGGUGGCACAAGUACAAGUAGUUUUGGAUCAACAAAUACUGGCUUAUUUGGUCAAAAUACUCAACAACAAAGUAACAGUUUAUUUGGAAAACCUGUUGGAUUCGGUGUUCCAACAUCAUCAUCAUCUGGCUCUUUUAAUUUUGGGACAAGUGCUGGAACAUCUUUAUUUGGACAGAAUAAUCAGCAGAAAUCAUUAUUUGGGCAGCCUACGAGUUCUGGUUUAUUUGGAACAACCACUACAACCCAGCCAUCAACAGCAUUUGGAACUGGAAACACAUUUGGAUCACCAUUUGGAAAUCCUACACAACAAUCAACUGGAUUAUUUGGAAGUAAACCUGCAGGCUUUGGCACUACUGGCACAACAACAGCAACAAGUACAUUCAAUUUUGGAUCUGCAACUAGUAACACAGGCGCAGGAUUAUUUGGACAAAAACCAGCAGGUACUGCUUUUGGUACUUCAGCUACAUUUGGAUCUGCAGCUCCAGCAUUUGGUAAGAUGUUAACUGGAUUAUUUGGAAGUAAACCUGCAGGCUUUGGCACUACUGGCACAACAACAGCAACAAGUACAUUCAAUUUUGGAUCUGCAACUAGUAACACAGGCGCAGGAUUAUUUGGACAAAAACCAGCAGGUACUGCUUUUGGUACUUCAGCUACAUUUGGAUCUGCAGCUCCAGCAUUUGGUGGAUUUGGAGCAACACAACCUGGAACUGCAACUGGAUUAUUUGGACAGAAUAAGCAAACUACAGGCUUUAAUACUGGGAGUGGCACAACGUUUGGAACAAAUUUGGGAACUAGUUUUGGUACUUCUUUUGCACCAACUCUUGGUGCAAACACUGGAACAAGUUUAUUUGGAAACACAGCAGUUUCAAAACCAACUGGGUUUUCAUUUGGAAAUAAUCCUAGUACAGGAUUUUCAUUUGGUCAACCAGGAAUUGGUGCUGGCUCGUUUGGUUUUGGCAAUAACCUCACAUCAACAAUUGGAAGUGAUCCUAAUGCAAUGGCAUAUAAUCAACAACAAUUACAAACACAACAACAGAUACUGGCUCUUACAACAAAUCCAUUUGGUGAUUCUCCAUUAUUUAGAAAUGUUAUAAAGGAUAAUAAUAAAAGAGAAGAAAUAUUAAAACCAACAAAUCCUGCAGCACAAAAAGCAGUAAUGGCAUCAAAUCAAUAUAAAGUUUCACCUGUACCUAUUGGCAAAGUGAAACCAAAACCAAUACAAGCAGUUGCAGUUGGGAAAGUUUCCCUGUUUGAUGAUUUAGAUGAUGGUGAAAGUACAUUAGAAACCUUUAUUCCUCGACGUAGUGUUAAAAAAUUACAAUUACAACCAGUAUCUCUUGAUUUAAAUGAAGUCAACUCUAAUUCAAAAGAACAUAGUGAACUUACUGAACCAAUAUUAACUCCAGUUGAUAAGAAUAAAUCACCUCUUACUGUUCAGUUAUCAAAAGAUCCUGUUAAUAGGUGUAAAGAACAGAAUUCAGCAGAAACUUUCAAAGAAAAUCCAAACAGUAAUCAGAAAGAGACUAAAAGUAUUAAUGAAUAUUAUAUUAAUCCUGUUGCAAAACCAGUUGCAGAACAUGCUUGUUUCAAGAAUUCAAAUGCCUUAGAUGAUACAUUUGCUGAAUUACGCACCAAAAGUCAAAAUACCAGAAAUCCUGAUCGUGCUCUAGGAUUAUCAAAUUGUUCAGAAAAUGGUGAUAGUGAAAAAGAAACUACUAAUAUAUUAAAUUCAGAUAAUGAUGAAAGCCACGAUAUUUAUGAUUCACAAUCCGGUCAUCCUGCUGGAAUCAUUUUAAGAAGAGCUGGCUAUUACACUAUACCUCCUCUUCAAGAAUUGGCCACUUUGGUUGAUGAAAAUGGUAAUUGCAUUGUUGAAAACUUUACCAUAGGUCGUGAAGGAUAUGGAAGUGUUUUCUUUCCUGGUGAAACUAAUGUUGCUGGCCUUAACUUGGAUGAAAUUGUUCAUUUUAGAAGAAAAGAAAUAACUAUCUAUCCUGAUGAUGAUAAUAAACCCCCCGUUGGAGAAGGUCUUAAUAGACAAGCUCAGAUUACUCUUGAUUGUGUUUGGCCUGUUGAUAAAACUACUCAUGAGCCAAUUAAAGAUACUGAGAGAUUAAAACAAAUGGGAUAUGAAGAAAAAAUUGAGAGAGCUACGCUUAAACUGGGAGCUAAAUUUAUGGAAUAUCGACCUGAAACUGGAUCAUGGGUAUUUCAAGUGAAUCAUUUUUCAACGUAUGGAUUAGAAAAUUUUAUUGAUGAAGAUUUUAUUAAAACAACUCAAUGUCCUAAAAUUUCUAACCAGAUUGGAAUUAAAGAAUUAAGUUCCUUGUCAAAUCAGAUGAUCAAAAUGAAGAUAUUAAGGAAAGAAGUAAUCAAUAAUGAAAUGAAAAAAAUUAUUGGACAAACAGUUUCAAGAAUAUUAAUUGAAGAAUUGUACCAUGACAAACAAAUACAAGUAUCAGGAGAGAAGUUUUGCACGUUGUUGAUACAAAUAUCACAAAAGAUUAUGGAGGAAAUUGAAAAUAAAGCUUAUAUUAUUUAAAAAAAAAGAAAAAAAAACAAGUAAAAUGGUAAGUAUCUAUUUGGGACAAGACUAUAUCUCGGAGUCUCACUACUAAGCAGGAUGAUUUUGAUGCUGAUGGCAAGUCUUCAUUCUCCAAUCAUCUUUGGUAUCUCUGGUUUUAAGCAAAUCGUUCAAACUUUGCUGGCCACGGACACAACCAUGAGGUUGUCCACGAUAUAUUUUCAGUGAAAUUAACCUAUUCAAUGUUGAAAUUUCUGUCCACUGUGUGUUGUCCUGGGUUGAAUUUUUGUCUAUGCCUAACGA